GUUUUCACACGCUGGCUUCGGCUCUCCCAGCUAUAAUAUUAUCUAUCCAACCAUAUGAUAUGCAUGUGUUUCUCGCUCUAUAGGCUAACAUAUAUCUACCUCUCUCUCUCUCUGUCUCUGUCGAUCUCUCUCUCUUACGUCUUUGGUGUCGUCGUCGUCUUCCUCUUCCUCGCUCGCUGCCGUUUUCCCUUCCCUACCUUGGAGUUUUCUCCUCCUCCUCCUCUCUGUGGCGACUUGUCCACCAUCUCCUCCUCAUCUUCCUUCUUCUCCUUCUCUUCUCUUCUUGCUGCAGCGACAAGGAUAACCCGUGCGUCUGUUCUUUGUUCGUUCGUUUCUUUCUUCUGUCUGAAAGAAAUCAAUCAAUCAAUCAAUCAAACGGAGGAGGAGGAGGAGAAGAAACCAAGAACAAACGUGAAGAGCAGGCUGCAGCUCUCCAAGGUUUCUGCAAGGAUAGCGAAAAUUUGUAGCAAGGUACCACCAGAUCUAGUGGCAAACCAUGAUGAGCAAUCUUAAGCUUGGGGUCGAGGUUACCAGUGCCCAUGACCUCCUCCCGAAAGAGCAGGGCACAUCCAACCCCUUUGUCGAGAUCGAAUUUGAUGACCAGAAGUUCCGCACAGCCAUCAAAGACAGGGACAUCAACCCCGUCUGGAACGAGCAGUUCUACUUCAACAUAUCUGAUCCAUCCCGCCUCCAAGAGAAAGACCUCGAAGCAUAUGUGUACCAUGUAAACCGCACCAGCAAUUCCAAGACUUGUCUUGGCAAGGUUCGGAUCUCUGGCACAUCCUUCGUCAGCCAAUCAGAUGCCACACCUCUUCACUACCCUCUGGAGAAGCGCACCAUCAUAUCCCGUGCUCGCGGUGAGCUCGGUCUCAGGGUGUUCCUUACAGAUGACCCAUCAGUGAGAGUGUCUGCACCAGGUCAGGAGUUUGAUUUCAUAAGCACGCCUACCACUGCCCAGGAGCAGGCAGCCACCAAUGUCAUUCCAAAUCCUUUCCAGGAGACCAGAGCAGACCAAGUGAGGCAAUUCCAACACUUGCCAAAAGAACAGCACCGGCCACAGCCAAUGACUGCCCAGCCAUACUACCCUGAAAGCUCAUACGCACAACAACAGCAGCAGCAGCAGCAACAGAAAAGCUACUCUGCUGUCGGGAACAAAGCCGAAGGCCCUCCACCUCCGGUCAUGAGGAUGUUUGCUCAAGGUUCACAGCAGCCUGUAGACUUCCAGCUGAAGGAAACAAGCCCAACACUUGGUGGCGGACGUGUUAUCGGAGGCCGGGUGAUCCCCGGUGAAAAGGCUGGGGGUGCAUACGACCUUGUUGAGAAGAUGCAGUACCUAUUUGUGCGUGUGGUUAAGGCUCGUGACCUGCCCAACAUGGACAUCACCGGGAGCCUCGAUCCUUACGUUGAGGUGCACCUCGGAAACUACAAAAUGAAAACAAGGUACUUUGAGAAGAACCAGAGGCCUGAGUGGGAUGAGGUGUUUGCAUUCCCUAGGGAAGUCAUGCAGUCAACGUCGCUUGAAGUUGUCGUCAAGGACAAGGAUAUUCUUCGAGAUGACUAUGUUGGCAGGGUGAUGAUUGAUCUGAAUGAGGUACCAGUAAGGGUCCCUCCUGACAGCCCAUUGGCACCAGAAUGGUAUCGACUUGUAGGGAAGGAUGGGCACAGGGACAGAGGGGAGCUGAUGCUGGCUGUCUGGUACGGAACUCAAGCAGAUGAGUGCUUCCCCAGUUCCAUCCAUGCAGGAUCAACACCAGUUGAUUCACAUCUUCACAAUUACAUCCGCGGGAAGGUCUACCCUGUGCCCAGGAUGUGGUAUGUGAGGGUCCAUGUAAUCGAGGCACAAGAUAUAAUUCCAAUGGAGAACCACAUACCUGAUGUAUUUGUUAAGGUGAGGCUGGGACACCAGAUGCUGAAAACAAGGCCAGCUCGUUCACCAACCAGAAACUUCAUGUGGAACGAGGAGAUGAUUUUUGUCGCAGCAGAGCCUUUCGAGGAGGACUUGAUCAUAUCAAUAGAAGAUCGAGUUGCACCGAACAAGGAUCAAGCGAUUGGUGAACUUUUGUUACCUCUCGCAAGGCUUCCAAGGAGAGCUGACCACAAACCAAUACGGCCAGCAUGGUUUGAUCUCAGAAGGCCAGGACUGAUUGAUCUGAACCAACUAAAGGAGGAUAAGUUCUAUGCAAAGGUGCACCUUCGUAUUUGCCUUGAAGGUGGGUACCAUGUGCUCGAUGAGUCAACACAGUACUGCAGUGAUCUCCGGCCAACAAUGAAGCAGCUGUGGAAGCCACCAAUCGGGCUGCUUGAAGUUGGCAUCCUCAGUGCAAACGGACUCAUCCCAACAAAGACCAGGCAUGAACGGGGGUCAUGCGAUGCAUAUUGUGUUGCCAAGUAUGGUCAGAAAUGGGUGCGAACACGCACUAUUGUUGACAAUUUGAACCCUAGAUUCAAUGAGCAGUACACAUGGGAUGUCUUUGACCAUGGGACAGUGCUCACCAUUGGUUUAUUUGACAACUGCAUACACAUGGACAGCAACCACAGUAGUUCCCAUGGCAAUAUGGAUAAGCCCAUCGGGAAAGUGAGAAUCCGGCUUUCAACUCUUGAGACUGGGAGGGUGUACACACAUACAUAUCCGUUGCUUGUCCUCCACCCAUCAGGAGUUAAGAAAAUGGGUGAACUCCACCUUGCUAUCAGGUUCUCAGCCACAUCCCUUCUCAAUGUGUUCUUCACAUACUCCCGGCCUCUCUUGCCCAAGAUGCACUAUGCGCAACCACUGUCAAUAGUGCAGCAGGAAAUGCUGCGCCACCAAGCUGUGCAGCUUGUUGCACAGCGUCUAGGGCGCAUGGAGCCACCAGUUCGCCGGGAGGUUGUUGAGUACAUGUCGGAUGCCCGGUCACACCUGUGGAGUAUGCGGAGAAGCAAGGCUAACUUCUUCCGUCUUAUGCAAGUCUUCUCUGGACUCAUUGCUGCAGGAAAGUGGUUUGGUGAUGUUUGUCAAUGGAAAAACCCAGUCACAACAGUUCUAGUCCAUGUGCUGUUUAUCAUGCUUGUCUUCUAUCCAGACCUUAUCCUCCCAACGAUCUUCCUCUACAUGUUCUUGAUAGGGUUGUGGAAUUACCGGUUCCGGCCACGUUUCCCACCUCAUAUGAACACAAGGAUAUCCCAUGCUGAUAUGACGAACCCAGAUGAGCUUGAUGAAGAAUUUGACACAUUCCCAACUUCAAAGAGUCCAGACCUGGUUAGGAUGAGGUAUGACAGGCUACGGCAUGUUGCUGGGAGGAUACAGACAGUUGUUGGGGAUAUCGCAACUCAAGGAGAGAGACUGCAGUCACUGCUGAGCUGGAGGGAUCCAAGGGCAACAUCCAUGUUCCUAUUGUUUUGCCUGCUUACUGCAGUUAUCUUGUAUGUGACACCAUUUCCAGUGAUUGCACUCUGUCUUGUUUUCUUCUUCAUGAGGCAUCCGCGGUUUCGUCAUAAGGUGCCAUCAGCACCUGUGAACUUCUUCAGGAGGUUACCUGCAAAGACAGAUUCUUUGCUGUAAAGACCUUCAGAGAUCAACUUCAAUGGUGUAUUUAUUUUUUGUUUUCAGUAUAUUGUUGUACGAUAGCAUUAAGGAAAAUACCUUAAUAUUUGUAAUUGUUGCUUUCCGUGAGAGAGCAAAAUAAGCUCAGAGUUCAUCAGAUAGUUUUCUUAACUUGAUAUUCAAAA